CAUGUAGAGCUGUCAACAGUGUCAUGUCAACAUGUUUGUCAAACAGCACAAAACUUGCAGGUUUAUCACCGUAUUUUGAAAUUACGUUGUGAUAAUGAUAGUUAAAUGUUUUGUAUUGAUAAGUAGUUGCCAAGGAUAAGAUAUUUUAUACUGAGGAGCGCUUUUGCGAGUGGUAAACCCCCUAUUCGAUUCCAAGAUGCUGCAGCAGUUGUCAUUCGGUGGGUGGCGCGUGGCGGGAGCGGUGUGUACCUUGACGAAGCACGGAGUUCGUGUCAGACAAGUCAGAAUGCUGUCCACCGCUAUGGAUAAGGGGUCUAACUUCUUUUUUAGACAGUUGUUCGACACAGUAAGCAGUACUUACACUUACUUGCUGGCUGACAACCGGUCCUGUGAGGCGGUGCUCAUCGACCCAGUGCUGGAGCACGCGGAGAGAGACGCCGCCCUCAUCAGGGAGUUGGGAUUCAAGCUGAUUUAUGCCAUGAACACACACAUGCACGCAGACCAUAUUACAGGCACGGGCAAGCUAAAGACAAUACUCCCGGACACGAAGAGCGUUAUAGGCAAAGACUCCGGCGCUCAAGCGGACAUACACCUGAAGGACGGAGAUGUGGUGACCUUCGGGGGACACAAGCUACUGGCCACGGCUACCCCGGGACACACGAAUGGGUGCUUCACUUAUGUGUGCCAUGAACAGGGCUUGGCAUUCACCGGUGACACGCUGCUAAUCAGAGGCUGUGGCCGAACUGACUUCCAGGAAGGUUCCCCUCAGACUCUAUACAACUCGGUACACAAACGCAUCUUCACCCUCCCCGACCACUACUUACUAUACCCAGCUCACGACUACAGAGGACAGACCGCCACCACCGUAUGGGAAGAGAAGAAAUACAACCCCAGGCUUACGAAGCCGUUGGAGGAAUUCAUUAACAUCAUGAACAAUUUGAAUCUUCCUUACCCAAAGAUGAUUGACAAAGCUGUGCCCGCCAACAGAGUCUGCGGUAUACACUACUAGAUAAAAACGAAUAGAAAAAACAAAUGUUUAAAAAAAUAUUAACAAAAUUGCAAUACUAACUGUAGAUAGAUCCUGUAAUAUUUUGUACUGAAUAGAUAAUCAAUCGACUAUGCUAACUAUUGAAUCGAUUGCAUAAACAAAUAAUUAUGUAUUUUCUUUGUAAAUAUGUGUAGUAAUAUGUAGGUACGUUAUUUAUUUACCAGCCGCUUUACUAUUUCAACCACCACCAUUUUUUAUCAUUUUAUAAAAAAAAUAUAUUAUAAAGCCAUGUGCAACUUUAAAUUGGCGAGAUUCUACGAAAGUUGUUCGAGUUCACAAAGGUUACAAUGGCGCGGACAUUUGAAAAAUGUUCGUAUGCAAUUUGUUACUGUUUGCUAAAGAGUAGACCAGAAGAUACAUACACGUGAAUUCUCGCCUAGUAGUUCUUGUAUCUAUCUACUAUAUUUUCUAACUUUCUCGUAUAGUCAUAACAGUAGUCUGUGAUAACGAAACAUAACAAAGUUUUUAAUGUUAAUUAUGAAAGUUAUUUUAUGCAGGGAUUUUAUAACACUACUCAUAUUUAUAAAUAUAGCUAGAAUCACAAGAGCAUUAUCAUUAUACCUUUUGUUCCUAUUUUUCAUCUUAAAAAUAUAUAAAUAAAUCAACUGUGUGUUUAUAGUAUGUAAAAAUAGUAUUUUUUGUAAUAAUUUUAAAUGUUAAAUUGGUCGAAUUGUGUAGAACAUGUUAUUCGUGAAUUGUAUUUAUAAUUGUUUAAGCAAAAAUGUUAUUAAUUGUUUUUAUGGGAAUAAAUAAGUAUUUUUGACUAAA